UGUUUUCAGACUUCCCGGUGAAAAAUAAAACAUGGACACAACAAAUAUCGUAUUUGUUUUCAUAUUGAUUCGUGUAGGCUUAUCACUUAAUUCAAAUGAUGACGAAACGUAUCCAGUUUUAAUAUUCUCUGAUACUCAUUCAAUUGGUUUAUUUGAUACGAAAUCAGACAACGUUACAAUAUUGGCCGAUGGUUACGCUUACAUAUUGUUUCUUGAUUCCCACUAUUCCAAACAGUAUAUCUUUUGGUCGGAUUAUCACGGAAACACAAUUUCAAGAUUUCAAUAUCCAACUGAGGAUCGUUCAACACCAGAAGUUAUAAUAAAUGUAAACAAGCCAACGGGUGUUGCUAUUGAUCCAAUAGACGACCACUUAUAUUGGGCAGUAAAAAGUAACCAGAUAUUCAGAUCAAACUUCGAUGGAACAGACUCAACCAUAAUAGUUAAUAACGUGAAUUUUCCCUUGGAUGUAGACCUUGAUAUUAGCAACAGGUUGAUGUUCUUCGUAACUGCCUCUAGAGAAAUUUGGAAAUGCAAUUUGAAUGGAAGUGAAUGUAAUGUAGUCGUUGAUUCUACCAAGAUAAUGUUUACUUCCGAACACAUAGCAUUAGACUUUUAUGAUGACAGGAUUUUUUGGACAUAUAUUCACCAAUAUUCACCAAUUUCAUCAACAUUAUUUGACGGAACUGAUUAUAGGGAGACAUUAGCUAGUGCAUACCAGGGAUAUGGUCUUGACUUCAGCGCCACUCAUAUUUAUUAUGCAGAUUGGUUUAAAGGCAUAUAUAAAAUAAAAAAGGCUAAUUCGACAACAUCUUCACUUUUGUAUGGGAGUGUUGUGUCAGCCAUGAAAAUAUUUAAAUCUGAAGAUGAAUGCUUUACAUACAAAUUAAUAGAAAAACAAGAGGAAAGGUCAGCAGACUUUGAAACAGAAAUGUCAAACUAUAUUCCAAUUAGUGACGAAAAUUUAGAAGAAGCAUGGUAUAGGAUAAAAAGUGAAAACGGAGAUCAAAUUCCAACAUACCCACCUGGUGCUUUUCAUUGCGGGACUAAUUAUCCUGUUUGGAUGAAUGGAACAUUUCCAAUCGUUUCUGAUGGUAAUUUGACAGUUGCAGCAUGUCUUCAAACAGAGAACAGCACAUGUGAAACGUCUUUUAAUGUUCAAAUCAGAAACUGUGGAAAUUAUUUUAUUUACUUUUUACAGAACACUACAAAAAAUGCAGCUUAUUGUUUUGGUAAUGGACCAGUUCUUUGUCAAGAUGGGCUGUCAUCUGAAUCUGGAUACUAUCCCGGAUGUUCAUCAUCAUUUCCCACUGAAAUUGUCACACCAUAUGUUAAUGCUUCACUGACUCAGGGUCAAAGUGAAACUGGUUCUUCGUCUGGUCUUGUACCCAUAUUUGAGUGUAAGUUUGAUGAUAUACCAAAUGGAACUUAUGUGUAUGAUAUUUUCUGGUUUAUAAAUGGAAUCAAUGUUACCGAGCAUAAGAAUAUACCGUUUGAUAACCUUGAAAGUACAGUGCUUAAGGAUUCGGAAUGGACAAACAUCUUUACUAUGAAUAUGGAGGUAACGUGUUCUGUCCGACUGCGAUUCAUUGCACGUUCCGUUCCAAGUCCAUUUCAUCGAAGCAAAAUCUUCUAUGCCGGACUCUAUCCUGAAAAGUAUGAAUAUACUGUUAUUGAAGGAGAAUCUGUCGAUAUUGCGUUCACUCAAACCGUUCCUGUUGCAUGUUUUACAUCGAACCAUGGAUUUCAAAAAAAGUUUUGUACUAAGGACGUGUAUACAUUUCAGCCUCCGAAAAAUGGACCUGUAUGCUCUAAUAAUAUUGCAAACAGAGACAUUGUAUUUAAUGCUGAGUUUUGUGGUAUAAAGUUGGAAAGCCUUGACUGGGAGAAUACAAAAUACCUGAGAGUAUACGGGUUUAGUGAUGGAAUAUACAAUCAUCAGGACAGAUCGACGUAUAUUCGUCUUUCAACAAAUACAAUCUCUGCCUUUCACGACAUAUGGACAAAUCUUAGUCUUUCUGAAAUAAAGGUGAACGUUUUGGAUAAGGACUCAACGAUGACAGGUCGAUUAUGCCAGGUCUAUAACGAUCCUCAUUUUCGUACAUUUGAUGGAAAAGUAUACCAUUAUAUGGAAGUUGGAGAAUUUGUUUUAUACAGGAACAGUAAAGGACCAUACUGGGUACAUUCUUUGUUUACAAAUUGUGGUUUCGGCUGGAAAGGGUCAUCUUGUCUCUGUGGAGUUGCCAUUAGAAGUCGGAAUUCACUGUUUGUGUUGCGGACAUGUGAAAGAGUUUCAAGAGACAGUUCUUUUCCCCUGAAUUCGCCUCAUUCUGAGGUCAGAAUUUGUGAUGGUAACGACUUGUCAAUUGACAUUUCGCAUAACACAUACACGAUAACUUUACCAACAGGAACAGAAAUUAAGUUUACCAUAUCAACCUGGUCAAUGUUGAUCAAUAGUGUAUCUAUUAAGCCAUCUAUAUUUGACAUUAACGAAGCAAAGGGACUGUGUGGUGUACCAAGUUUGGUUAAAGACACAUCCGACGACUUUACGCAUAGAGACUCGGGGUCUGUUUCAGAUGAGCGUAGUUUUGCGGAUUCGUGGAGGAUAACUGCUAUCCAUACACCUGAUGAGCAACUCUUUAUAGAGGAACCUACAUUUUUGUCGUUAGAUGUUGGUAUAGUUAUUGAUAAUGUAAAUAAUACAAAUGAUAACGCUACAGAUCGUUAUUGUGUUUGUGAAAGUCAGGCUCCACGUUACAAUGGUGAUUUAGAUUUGUAUAACACCGUGCAGUGUAAUCUAACUGAGAGCACAGAAACCUGUUCUUCAGCAGGGCAAACUGGAGUGAAUGCCGACUUAAUCGGUUCAUUUGUAACAUCUUGCAUUACAACAGGUUACAGCAGAAAGAAACGAUCUAUAAAUACAGGUCACAAAAUCGUACGUCGCAGUACAUCCGACACCGACGAUGUCCUCGAUGUUAAACCUUUAGAAUACGACGAUGAUGUAAACAGUUCCACCAACUUUACACGAAGCUUCAGAAAUGGUUGGACAGAAGAGAAGGCAAACCAAACAUGCUAUGAACUUAUAAAAGACCAAAUUCCAACAGAUCUUCAAGAAAAUGGAAUUAUUCUUUCAGAGGAAGAAUACAUUGAGUCCUGUGUUGAAGACAUAAAGCUUACAGCUGACACAACUUUUGCAAAAGACACAGUUAGUGCAAUGCAAACGUAUACGUUAAUGGAAGUAUUACGGAACGAGACUAUGGCUAUAGCAGAGAAAGACAACAGUACACAAACUGUACUGGAGUACAUAACCAGCCUACUAUGCCCAAACAACUGUAGCGGUAAUGGAAACUGUACACAAGGAUUUUGUACAUGUACAAAAGAAUAUGCAGGAGAUGACUGCUCACAACAGAUAUAUAUUCCACCGGCUAACAUCAGUUUACCGACAGCAGGACUAUGUGGUACUCGUACCAGGGCGUGUCAAAGGACGAAUAUAUACGGAUAUUUUCCGUCCAGAGAUGUGUGGUGUAAUAAAACACAUUUUCAGGUUAACGGCGAUUCGAAAACAUAUGCAGAUCCAGUCAUGGUAAAAGCUGAUUAUAGGACUGCUUUCAUGGUAUCUGUUGCUCUAAGUGGAACCCGUAAGAAAAGGUCGACUUUAAACACUGGAAUGGCUGAAGGAUAUGAAUUAAGAUUAUCAAAUGAUGGAAUUGAAUUUAGUGACCCAGUCAUCAUUAUAAUUUACGACGAGGAGUGUUAUGACUGUAAUGCCUCUUCGAUAUCAUGUGUGAUUGUUGCUUCAUGUCCUGAUUUCACAACAACUGGUAUGGAUACUACAUCGGAUAGAGUAUCGACUAUUGAAGAAACAACAACACAAGAUACAACAACCAUUGAAGAAACAACAACACAAGAUACAACAACCAUUGAAGAAACAACAACACAAGAUACAACAACCAUUAAAGAAACAACAACACAAGAUACAACAACCGUUGAAGAAACAACAACACAAAGUACAACAACAAUUGCAAGAACAACAACACAAGAUACAACAACCAUUGCAGAAACAACAACACAAGAUACAACAACCAUUGCAGAAACAACAACAACACAAGAUACAACAACCAGUGAAGAAACAACAACACAAGAUACAACAACCAUUGAAGAAACAACAUCACAAGAUACAACUACACAACAGUUGACAACUACUGAUUUUAUGACAAUAACAAGACAAUUAACAACAACCAUCCAACAAACCACAUCUGAUUCAUUGACAACUAACAAUCAGUUACCACAUACGUCUCAUCAAGAUUCUACCCCAUAUGACACGGCUACUAGAGACAAGACAACUACACACAAAGAUACAACUCAGGAAGAUGCCGAUGAGCUGAUUUCUUACAUUGGACCUAUUAUUAUUGGAGGAUCGGUGUUAUUGUUUAUUGUGAUCUUUUGUGCCAUCCUCUUGAUAAAGUCAAUUUUAAAAACAUCUAAACCAAGGAACCAGAGCAUUACACAAUUCGACUCCUGGAAUAUUUACACAGGCGGAACAUCUGGAGGAUCGAAUAAUAAACAGGUAAACUCCAGACCGGAUUUCAGAAAUGUUCCACGAAUCAAUACAAGGUCAUCUGAAUCAAGUAUGACUUCAAAUACAGAUGGUCAACGCAAUUUCUUUAAUGACUACUAUCAACAAUAGUAUACGUGUAACAAUUAUUGUAUAUCCACAAAUUUAUAUUUCUUAGUCAAGCAUAGAACAUAUAUGACAGUCUUCUUUUCAGCAAUACCCACAGUUGAUGUUAUCAUUAGAAUACAUGUAAGAAAACCAAUUUGAACUAUCUCUAUAACUUGGCGUCAGUCAGCUUUUCACAUUCUUCGUCAUCAUCAAACUUUAAACAUUCUGUUUCUGUGAAACCUCAAUAACAAUUGAAACCAGCCACUAAGUGAAUUUGUGAAAAGUUUUAUUUUAGAUUGAUAUUCCUUCAAACAACCGAUAUACUUUCGCUAUUUAAAUAGAAUAGAGUAUAUGAGUAUGAACCCUCUUUUGAACCAGACCGACAUCCUGAAUAGACAUUAAAACGUACUAGCUCACAAGGUAACCGUUGUGAGUCACCAGGAAGGCGUGUUGUCCUAGAGAGAGAAGCUACCAAGAGGGAAAUCGAAAACCAUAAGUAAAAACAAAAACAGUCAUGAGCAUGGCUAAUAUAAAAAAAUGAAUAAAAGAAAAUCAACAAUAGCAUAGCAUAAAACAGAACAACAGAGAUUGAACACAUGAAAGAGUUAUGUUAAAUAAAAAAGACCAAAAUGCUACAAAAAUCAA